UCAAAUAUUGCUCCUAAUCAACGGGAUAUAUCACUAAUUUCAUGGGAUGAUGUUAUGCGCGAUCGGAUAUCGACCGAUCUGACGGUGAUCGGAAAGUUCGUGAGAUGUGCGAUGUCGCCGAAUGGGACGGGAUUCGGCGUGAAUUCCAACCCGAUUGGACGCGUCGGGGCGCGGACAAUGUGUGAUCCGUUGCUCUAGGAAUUAAACAAAGAAGAAAAGUAGCUGGAGCUGAACGAGAGAAACGUUGGCUCCAGGCAUGCGCUCAAAUUGAUGAAACAGCAGGAUCGACCAUGGUGGAACGCCAUUUGUUUCAGCUGAGCAAAGCAGAGAAAGUCUCCCUCACUCUCCCUCUCGUUUGUGUCUCUCUCCCUCUCUUUUACCAGCACCAUCACGUCCCCAAUGUCGACCGCCAUCACGUCCUUCAAACCCGCCCUCGCGAUCCGCGCGUCGCUGCCGCCUUCGUCCCGGAAGCCCGACCCGAAUCGCCCGAACCCCGGCUCCGUGAACUGGUGGGCCCCGCUCUUCGGGUGGCCCUCCGACCCGAGCCACGCCGCAGCCACGGCCACGGCCACCAUCCCCGACGGUGACGACCAGCCGGAGAUGCCCAAUCCGGAGGCCCAGAAGGCGGCGGCGGCGGCGGCGGCAUGGCCGCCCAGAUCCAGGUUCGCGCUGGGUGGCUUCACGGAGGAGAAAGCGAAGCAACUCCGGAGGAAGACCAGGGAGAGCUCGAGCUUCCACGACGCAAUGUACCACUCGGCCAUUGCCGCCCGGCUCGCUUCGGAUUCGGACUGACCGGACCAGUCCCGACGAUUGAAGAUCGAAGAAGCGCGGGUCAAGGUAUGCAUGCCUCCUGCGUUGCUUUUUCUUUUGUCCGGGUUUGCCAUGUCGAAAUGAAAGAAACAAGUGAUUUUUGUACUUCUUCUCAACUUCAGCUGUUCUUGUCUAGUGGAGGUUUCGAUUUUUGGAGGAACUUCUUGUCGGGCGCUCAUGUCCUUGUUAGCGACACUGUCUGAAUAAGUUGACGAUGAACUACUUUGCAU